AUGGAAGCUGGAGAACUGGUUCCUUUAGAAAUUGUACUAGAUUUGAUCAAAGAAGCAAUGCUUAAAGAUGUUGCAAAGCAUUGUAAAGGAUUCUUGAUAGACGGUUACCCUAGAGAGGUGAAACAAGGCGAGCAAUUCGAGAAAGAAAUUCAAGAAGCCAAAUUAGUAAUCUUUUUCGACGUAUCUGAAAACGUGAUGGUGGAGCGAUUAUGCAUCGAGCACAACAAGGGCACUUCUGUUUGUACCUAUGCAAUCGUAGUAGUUGAAAACCAGGUUGGACGUGCCGAUGACAACAUAGAAACGAUCAAGAAACGUUUGAAGACCUUCUCGAAUGCUACUGCUCCAGUUGUGGAGUAUUAUCAAAAAAAGAAAAAGCUCAUACAAAUCAAGGCACAGGGAACCGUCGACGAAAUUUUCGCCAUGGUUGUGAAGCAUCUCGACGUAGCGCUUGCAGCAUCAUGA